GGAUACACUAGGGAACAUUUUGUCCCGCAACAUGACGCGCAACACAAAAUAUACGUGACGCUGCAACGUUGCAUAGUGUCCCGCAACAUGACCCACAACAUUGUACGUGACGCGGGGCAUGUUGCUUGCUCCCGCCUCGAGAGCGAGCGCACGUGUCCCGCGUCAGUGUUGCGCCAUUUGUCACUGAGUGUAGUCGCGUACGCAACGUGCCUUUAAAAUGUCUGUAGUGUGGGGAAAUGAUACCGUGCUUUUGCUUAUAGAGCUUUACGAAAGUCGUGACUUGUUGUGGAAUACUUCACACCGUGACUAUCGAAAUAAAAUAAAGAAAAAUGAUGCAUGGGAGGAUAUUGCCAAGGCGCUUAAAUUGCCUAGAAAAGAAAUAGAAACCAAAGUUCAUACCCUGCGUUCGCAAUUUGUCCGAGAAAGGAAGAAAGUGAAAUCGUCAAAAACUACUGGUAGUGGACGAGAGGACGUGAAGUCCAGUGCAUGGUUUGCGUACGAUGCAAUGAAAUUUUUGCUAAAGGGAGCCACAACUUCUGGAAGCUUGGACACUUUGGACACAAACAGUCCACAAAGCCAAAACUCGAUUUCGUCUCCGGAUGAAGAUGUCGUUAUACAUUCUCAAUCUUCCGUUCCGGAAUUUCAAUCUCCUCAUCAACUAGAAUCGCAAUCUACGAGUACCAUUGAUCAAGCAGAGCAACCCACAACCCCUGCACUAACACCUUCAUCGUCGCGACCAACUCGGAAGAGGAGCCACCCCAAUGAAGAUAGAUUGGAGGAGGCUUAUGAAGUUCUGCAUGCUGCUAAAAACAGAAUGAUGUCCCGAGAUGAAUUCGAUGUUUAUGGACAGUACGUAGGAACUGAGUUACGUGCAUUAAAUGACGAACAUAGUGUAAUUAUGGCUAAAUAUUAUAUUAAUAAUAUUUUAUUAGAUGCACGCUUAGGAAAAUACCGUACAAGUUAUAAUAAUCAAAGCCAGUCAGUUGUUCAACAGGGCUAUAGCACUGCAUCCAGUGAUAUUAGCCCCGAGCCUUCUGAAGAGCAUAUUAUACAAAAUAUACUUGCAAAUAUGGAUUCCUCGAGCACUAAUAGCAUUGAUGGCACUAAUACUAAUUAAUUUACGUUGAUCGCUAUAUCCAUCUUGUACUCUUUAAAAUUUAUUUUACUGAAGAUUAAAAUACAAUUAUAAAUAAAAUUAUGCGUUUUCUUCAACUUACCUU